AUGUCGGAUGAGGGGGGUCGCGCUCGAUCGUAUCUGCUGAACCUGGAGGAAAAGCAGAUUGGACUCCCAGGAGGGCUGUUGCGAAAGGCUGGUGCCCAAGAGCCCAAGUCCUGGAUCCAAAAGGUUCUUGAGCAGAUUGUUGGGUCACCUGGCCUGCGGCUGACCCCCUCCGAGGUGGUGCCAGUCACUGUCCUGGCCGUGCAGAGGUACUUGUUAGAGUGCGAUCAUCGGAACGAGCUUCCGAAGUCUCCCAAUUACUGCUAUGAUGUGACGAUCACCGACGGCGUGUACCAGGAAAAGUGCUACCUCGAUACCAGCCUAAACUCUCUGGUUCGUCAGAAUAUUCUUAAAGUUGGCAUCAAAAUGAGAAUUUCUCGAGUCUCCUGUCUUUACAACGAGGAAGGACUAGGCCAGGGGAUCCUGUGCAUCGACAGCGUCCACUGCGGAGAGGUGUUAGAUGAUAUUUCCGUCGAAAUUCCCUUCCGAAACCGCGAACAGCAAAAGAAACCCGAGCGGCCGUUAAGGAGCCAGCGCGGGCAUUAUUUGGCUUUAUGGAAUAAUGAAGAUCCAUAUGGAGACAUCUGGCUAACCAACAAGCAACCUGAAGACUACGAUUUUAAACAUCUGAAAGUAAUUUCUCUUUCUAACCUCGAAAUGACCUGGAGUAGAAGAAAUUAUUUCCCUGCCUUGCUUGUGAGGAUCUUGUACAAAUCAAAACUGAGAUACUAUGGGAAACCUCAUAAGAAGGAGACUGAGCCAUACCAGAGCUUUCUGGAAAUUGCCGACCGUUCAGGCACUGUUACAGCAAUUAUGUGGAAUGAUCUGUGUCCUCAGUGGUAUAAAAGUUUGCGGACUGGAUUGGUUCUUCUGCUUCAAGCAUAUUCUGUUAAAAAGAGCCAUCCAUACCGGAUGCAGCCUCCCCCUGUGAAUCCAAAUAUCAAAAUAAUUUCUUCAAUGGAAAUCAACCUGAAUAUUCAAGAUCCUCCAACUAAUAUAAUUAUCAUCCCAGAAUAUCAAGUGAAACCAGAAUGGGGAUUGCCAAAACUAAAUCACCGAUUUAUCACCAGACAAGAACUGGAAGAUAAGCCAAGAAAUUAUAUCUGCGAUGUGAUUGGCAUUUUAUCUUUUGUAGGAAGGGUCCAGAGGUCAAAAAAGAGAGAAAACCAUGAAGAUUUUUGGUCAUAUCGCUGGAUUCACAUUACUGAUGGAACUUCAGAGCAACCAUUUAUAGUGGAACUCUUUUCUACAUCUCAGCCAGAAAUCUUUGAAAAUAUUUACCCAAUGGCAUAUUUUAUGUGUACACAGUUGAGGGUUGUCAGAAAUAACAACGUAGUACCUAGACUGCUUUACCUCACCACUACAGAUGAGAGCCGAGUAUUCCUUGCUGGUCAGAGAGGCCAGCCAUAUCCCUAUGAAUCUAAGGUUAAAAACUUCAUUCGAUGGGUUAAAACAAAGACUGAUUCUGAGAAACUGAAGAAUGCUGUUAUUGGUGGAUACUACCCUUAUCCACCAGUGCCAUCAACAUUUUCCAAGUAUAGUCGUUCUUCUAAAGUUGACUCGCUCGUGACAUCUAUGAAUGAAGUGAAGAAGGUGGUAGAAGACUUGCAAUACAGGGAGCAAAAGCGCAUUGCCAUUCGAGGAAUAAUUACUGCUAUAAAGUACAUCCCCCAUAGCUAUACGAAUAAAAGCACCUCAGCACUGGUAACACCUCCGAGUAUUAGCCAACCGUCAGCAUCUCAAGCAGCUCCAGGACAAAGUCAUAGUGAGGAAAUAAAUGGUAACCAGCAUGAAGGUGAUAGUCUGGGAAUGUCUCAGAGUUUUCAAACUACAUCUACAACUUUGAGCCCUAGCAAGAAGAAAAGAAUUCUUCAAGCCCCUUGUGGCAAACUAAUUGCUGUGCCUCAGCGAGAAGCUUCUUCACAAACAAAUGGAGAUACACUGGACACAGUAGGCAUGGUCCCAUGCCAAAGAAGUGCCAAUGCUGAUACCACAGGGAAUAUCAGAUUCAUCAAGGAUAGGUGGGAGAGUCAGCUGUUGAAAGAGAAAAGGCCUUGCUUAAAAGACCACUUGAAGUACAGCUAUGUUCACCCAGAAAGUAUUCCACGGAAAUUCAUCUUAGAACACAAAAAGUUUCUUACUCAGCAGUAUAAUUCUCAGCCUGCUAAGUACAUACCACUGGAAGGAAGGCCUCCAAAACUUCAGGAAUUUAAGAGUGCCCGGAGCCUUGGACACUUUGAAGUAACCAUCUUAGGUUUAAACCAUGAAAUUGCAAUUGAUGUUGCAUUCCUGCCCAUGUUUUGCCCAGAAGAUGUUCAAACAUCUCAAGUAGACACAUUAUUGACCUGCAUGAAUUACAGCUGUGUAUAUCCACCAGCAACACCUGUCAAUGCACAAUCGCUGAGUCCCAGAGCACUAGCGGGUGAUAUUAUAAAAGCAGCAGCUGAAUUGGAUAGAGUCCACAUCAUUGGUAUCUUGGAUAUCUGUAAUUUGGGUAACAAUAAAGUAGAAGUCUGUUUGCAGAAAAUUUAUUCUCCAAAAAAGAUUCCUUAA